AUGUCAUUCAAUACCACCGUGUCUGGAAUACUCACGACGAACGGCCUGUCGAUACCUUCCGGUUCCGUAUCCUUGCCUGCAGGUUCUGUCACCGCUGGAUCCGUCAGUGGUCUAGCGGCCAUCGCUACUACAGGGGCGGCUUCCAAUCUAUCCGGGGUACUCGCAACUUCUAAUAUCCCCAAUCUCAAUGCGAGCAAUAUCAUCUCUGGCAACUUUAGCGUCGGGACAUUUGGUACUUCCGUUGUGCCCUCUGCAACGGCGACGUCCGACCUCGGCAGCAGCACGUUCAAGUGGAAGACUGUAUACUGCAGCAACGUGACUGCUGUCAACUAUACCGGGAACACCUCUUCUACAACAGGCGCAGAACCGUUAGUGCUCGCAAACACCAGUACGGGUAACAACACGACAAAGUUUGCGGGGCUGAAGUUUCAAGGCACGGACACAGUCGGGUCUCUCAAAGAUGCAUCAUUUGUCCGGUCGAUCCCAGCAGAUCAAGACUAUGUGAGUUCAGGGCUGACUUUGUGGACUCGAUUAAAUGACUCCCUCUUAGAGCGCGUUCGGAUCACCCCAGCCGGGUGGAUGGGGAUCGGUCAGAGCACUCCAACUGCAAUGCUGCACAUCACAGGAGGCUCUGCGCAAUUCGAUAGUAACGUCACCGUCGCGAGUGCGCUAAGCACCAGCAAUCUGACCGCCACCGGAACCCUCAGUUUCCCUGCGGGAUCAGUCGCAGCAUCUGCAGUCUCGAGUCUGGACGCCAGCAAGAUCACAACGGGCAAUUUUGGGGUGGGGUCGUUUGGAGCCAACGUUGUCGUCAGCACUGCGAACAACCCAAAUUUCACAUUAGCGUCCUCUGCAACCACGAACAGUCUCAACCUUGGGCUGGCAACGAGCAUAGGGAGUUACAGCACGUCAGCUGCUGUAGGUUCCAACGGCAACAUAGGAGUGGGCACGACGGGGGCUUCGUAUAAGCUGGAUGUAUCCGGCACCCUAAGGACGACCGGCGCCGCGACCCUUGCCUCAGUGACCACCGCGGCCAGCUCGGUCAAUAUUAUGCCCGGAAUCGUUGCUGUAAAUGACGGAACGGACAGCGCGUCCGCCCGAGGACUUAGGUGGUGGAGUAGCAGUGAUAUCGACACGCUAACAUAUGCCUCCUCGUCGGGGGCAAACAAAUCUCCUGCGAACGCCACCACUUGCACGUCCCUAGACGGACGGACGAGCGUCCACAUCAGGAACCGGGCAUAUGGCAGCACGGGGCGCGGAUUCCUCUGGGAGAACACCACUGGGCAGUGCCUCAUGUCCCUCACCAGCGACACGGGCAACCUGUACGUGAAGGGCAUGUACUCCGCCAGCGGCACCGGCGGCCUCCUGUGCACGGUGCUGAACGGCGGGCGGUCCCUCGGGUCGUUCCUGACGACGGCCGCGCUCACCGGCAUCGCCAACGCGCCUCUGUACUGGACGAACCUGCACAGCCUGGCGCCGUUGGCCAGCAUAUUCAACGGUCAGACGACCUCUUAUGUGGUGCGCAUAGCAGGUUACAUCAACAUCCAAUACGCGCAGCAGUAUACGUUCUACUUCAACAUCCUGUAA